CGGCUGAAUGCUCCGGCUCAUUCCGAGUAGAACUGAGAGCGCUCACUGUUAGGAGCAAUGGAUUUACUGAGGACUAUCACUUACCAGCAAGGCGUCAAGAUGUGCGAGCAGCCUCUCGGCAAAGCUGCAGAUCUCUGCUUCAACAAAAGGCAAGAAGACCUGACCUGCACCAAUGCCGAGUUGUCCCGGAUUAUAACUGACCCCGCCACUGGCAAAUGUUACUGUCGAGGGAAAGUGCUGGGCAAGGGUGGCUUUGCCAAGUGCUACGAGAUGACAGACCUGACAACGAACAUCGUCUAUGCUGCAAAGAUCAUCCCACACACACGAGUGGCCAAGCCGCACCAGAGAGAGAAGAUUGACCGAGAAAUCGAGCUGCACAGAACGCUUCACCACAAGCAUAUCGUUCGCUUCUACCAUUAUUUUGAAGAUAAAGAAAACAUUUACAUCCUAUUGGAACAUUGUAGCCGAAGAUCGAUGGCUCACGUACUGAAAGCUCGUAAAGUGCUGACAGAACCAGAAGUGCGAUACUACCUCCGACAGAUCGUCUCAGGACUGAAGUGUCUACAUGACCAAGGGAUCCUACACAGAGACCUCAAGCUCGGUAACUUUUUCAUCAAUGAGGCCAUGGAACUGAAAAUUGGGGAUUUUGGAUUGGCAGCAAAGUUGGAACCAGUGGAGCAAAGGAGCAGGACCAUCUGUGGCACACCAAAUUAUUUGUCUCCUGAAGUUCUCAACAAGCAAGGACAUGGUUGUGAAUCUGAUAUCUGGGCAUUGGGCUGUGUAAUGUAUACCAUGCUGUUGGGGCGACCCCCAUUUGAAACGACCAACCUAAAGGAAACCUACAGAUGUAUAAAGGAAGCAAGAUACACAAUGCCAUCAUCACUGUCGAUAUCUGCGAGACAAUUGAUAGCCAGUAUGCUAGCAAAAAAUCCAGAAGAUCGACCCAGUCUUGAUGAUAUCCUGCAAUAUGAUUUCCUGACUCAGGGGUUUACACCUGAGAGACUGUCGCAGACCUGUUGCCAUUAUGCGCCAGAUUUUCACCUGUCCAGCCCUGCCAAGAACUUUUUCAAAAAGGCAGCUGCAGCCCUGUUUGGUGGGAAGAAGGACAAAGCCAAGUUUUUGGACAAUCACAACAAACUGGGAAAGGAUGAUACAGAUGAAAUUUACAAGCUGAAGAAUGACUUGAAGAAAAUAUCAUUAAGCAAGCAACUGAACAAAAGUCAAUCAGAUGAGGAGUUAGUGUUGACUAGCAAGCCGCCAAUUAUCAAUGUCAAACCAGAGACCUCCUUACCAAUGAAGGAUAAUGAGCAACAAAUUCGAGAUUCCAUAAGGAUGAUAGUGAGAGGAACUUUGGGAAGCUGCAGCAGCAGUAGUAGUGAAUCGCUUGAAGACAGUACCAUGGGAAGUGUUGCUGACACAGUUGCUAGAGUACUAAAGGGCUGCCUGGAAAAUAUGCCAGAAGGAGAUCACUUGCCAAAGCAGCAGUCGAACUUCUCCUUCCAAUGGGUCACCAAGUGGGUGGAUUAUUCAAAUAAGUAUGGCUUUGGGUAUCAAUUAUCGGAUCACACAGUUGGUGUCCUCUUCAACAAUGGAACCCACAUGAGCUUGUUGGCAGACAAGAAAACCAUCCAUUAUUAUGCAGAGCUAGGACAAUGUUCUGUCUUCACAACACUUGAUAUCCCUGAGAAGUUUGUUAGUCAAAUGACUAUUCUGAAGUAUUUUGCACACUACAUGGAAGAAAAUCUAAUGGAGGGUGGUGAUCUGCCCGGUUCGGUGGAUGCACAGAAAUUGAGAUUGUGUCUCCUUCAAUGGUUGAAGUCAGACCGCGCACUGAUGAUGCUCUUCAGUGAUGGCACAUUCCAGGUGAAUUUUUAUCACGAUCACACAAAAAUUAUUAUUUGCAAUCACAAUGAGGAAUACCUACUUACUUAUAUCAAUGAAGAUAGAGUUUCUGCUACAUUCAAGCUCUCAACACUGUUAAUGGCUGGAUGUUCACAAGAACUUCGUACUAGAAUGGAAUAUGCAUUAAAUAUGGUGCAACAACGAUUUAAUUAAGAUUGGAAUGAGAAACAUGGCCAAGCCUACAUUCAGUUUGGAAGGACCCCAAGUUGACCAUCCACCAGGUGUGAUGAGGGACUUGUAUUUUGUUUGGUGUGCUGGGCUGGUACCAGGCAAAUGCAUUUUACAACCCUGACUGAAGUUAAAUGGAUGAAUACCUGGAAAAUGACUGCCCGAGGAACGUCGGUGUUUUUGCGUUGAGGAUGAUGCAGAGCAACAGUGUUGCAGCAGAGCAAGAUUAUGAGUUGUGACUCGAAUGAGCAAGAAGGUGUUUGGAAAGUGAAGUUGAGAGAGAGUUAAAGUAACUGGGACUUUGCAAGUUGUAAAGAGAUUUUUUUUUUUAAGCACAGUUUGUGCUGUUGAGUUAGCUUGGACUUGGGUAUUCUUGGAAAAGGACUAAAAAUCCAAACAUGUGUACCACAUUUUGUGGCUGGACAUAUUCCUUAAUUUAUUCAGCACGGAGUAUUUAUUAUUUAUUGAAGUUUCACUCUUGCACACCUGAAAUGCUGAGCAAAUCAUGUUGAAUAUUAAUAAAGGUUCUUAAAUUCA